AUGCCGAGGAGGACACGGGCCAUCUUUGAGGUUGCAGUUACUGUACACAAGAACAUACAACAAAGAGACUUAGAAGCUGGAAGAAACCUCGGCAGUUGGCUACUUCGUCUUUUCGACCGAAUCAAGCCUUCCGCUCAGAUCCGUGGCUCUCCAGUAAUGCUUCCUAGCAACAAGCAGCCACCAAAUCCUAAUAAUUCGCUCCGUUCAAAUAAACUGACUGAUGAAAUCUCAGAUCGAAUCGACAAAAAUCGGCGACUCUUCACGUCUUUCAGCAAGAAUUUCGUGCCUUUGCCGGCCAUUAUGAUGAUGAAGCCAAUAAAGCAAGCUCAGCAGCACUAUUUCUCUUCUAAUUCAGUUCAGCAUUUCUCAUCACUUUUGGAAUGUAGGAGAGGGCACUAUGGUGGUGUUAUUAGGACUGAUAUUGCACUGUGGAUGCAUCAGAAAUGA